UAUAAACAGCAGGGUCAUCGUCCGUAGCCUUGUUUCUCUCUCUUCUCGCUCCUCCAUAAUCCAAUCAAAGAGAAGAGCAGAGAGAGCAGAGAGAGAAAGGGCAAACGCGUAUUCAACGACUCGCAGCCGUGAUUCUCAACGUUACCCGCUUCCGAUUCUCCGCUGCGGCCGCCUCAUUUUGAAUACAUCCUUUUUUUUCCUCAUUUUUCCAGCAUUCAAUCACCAUUCUUCUUUUUCAACCCUAGCGAUCAUCCACGGAUUUUCGAUCUCCAAGGGUUAGGUUUAGGCCUGGGACGUCCUCGCAAAUGGAAGCGUCCGGUGGAAAUUCGGACGCUUACCGAAGCUCCUCUUCUUCCUCUUCAUCGUCGUCUUCUUUCUCGAAUACCUCUACCUCUAAUCAUUCCCGAAGAAAUGGGCUGCAAAUUUCGGCUUCUACCCUUCUCCGCUCUCCCUUGUCCACCUUAUUAGAGUACACCGGCUUCAUCAGAACCAGGCCAAACAGUUCCGAUUCCGAUUCUUUAUUGAACAAUGGGGGCUUCCACAAUGACCUAUCGAAUGACCCUGCACCUGCCCCUUCCGCGGGAGAGGUUUCCAUUAGGAUAAUUGGCUCUGCAGAACACGAUCACGACAGGGUUGCUACUUCUCUGCAUUCCGGGCCAUCUGCUGAGUCCUUUUCGAGGCCGGUUUCUAGGUCGCCGUCUGGAGCUUCUGUACUCUCCUCAAUGGAGAGUCAGGUUGAUCUGCGGAGUGGUAGAGAAUCUGUGGAUGGGGCUACGAACUCGACAAAUGCAGAUGGUGAUGCAGAAGGUGCUGAGGGAGUUGGCGCCAAUAAUAGGGAUUCUUCUUCCUCUUACCAGAGAUAUGAUAUACAGCAGGCUGCUCGUUGGAUCGAGCAGGUCCUUCCUUUCUCGUUGCUUCUGUUGAUUGUAUUCAUACGUCAGCAUCUCCAAGGAUUCUGUGUUACAAUUUGGAUUGCUGCUUUUAUGUUUAAGUCAAAUGAUAUUGUACGGAAGCAGACGGCACUAAAGGGUGAGAGGAAAAUAAUGACUCUUAUUGGCAUUGUCGUUCUUUACUCACUUCAUGUUUUCGGGAUUUACUGGUGGUACCGGAAAGAUGAUGUGCUCUAUCCUUUGCUGAUGCUGCCUCCAAGAACCAUACCUCCUUUCUGGAAUGCGAUAUUUAUUAUCAUGGUGAAUGAUACACUUGUUCGUCAAGCAGCAAUGGUCAUCAAAUGUAUGCUCUUGAUGUAUUACAAAAAUAGCAGAGGUCGGAACUACCGUAGGCAGGGUCAACUGCUAACUUUGGUUGAGUACCUGCUGCUCCUUUAUCGUGCACUGCUCCCUGCCCCUGUUUGGUACCGUUUCUUCUUGAACAAAGAAUACGGGAGCCUUUUCUCGUCGCUUAUGACUGGAUUGUAUUUAACCUUCAAGCUUACUUCUGUUGUUGAGAAGGUCCAAUCAUUCAUCACUGCUCUUAAAGCACUGUCAAGGAAAGACAUCCACUAUGGUGCUUAUGCUACAACUGAACAGGUCACUGCAGCUGGAGAUUUGUGUGCUAUUUGCCAGGAAAAGAUGCACUCUCCGGUCCUUCUACGUUGCAAGCACAUAUUUUGUGAGGACUGUGUUUCUGAGUGGUUUGAGAGAGAACGGACUUGCCCUCUAUGCCGUGCAUUGGUGAAACCGGCAGAUCUUAGAUCGUUUAGUGAUGGGUCAACUAGUCUAUUUUUUCAGUUAUUUUAAAUUCAGGAAGUUUUCUGCUUUGGUGGCUUAAUCCUCGACUCAAAGCAGCUCUGUCCUGAUCACACCAUCUGCAUAGGAAAUCUUAAUUGCAAAUAUUAUGUUGCCAUUGACACGGUCAUACAUUGUAAACAGAAAGUGUAUGUGGAGUUACAUUCACUGUCAACAGUAUAAGCAAUAUAGCAUGCGGUAUAUAAAAGCACAGUUUUGAUGAA